AAUUACCUCCUUUAUGAAUAGAUAGGGAAAACUCAGCUGGAAAAUACUUGGUACUUCCUUUCAACAUAUUUGAAUGGAUUUCAUUAUGGAGCUAGUUUUUAUGGUUUAAAAAUGUUGUCUUCAUAAUUUUUGUGUCAGCAAAACCCACAGCACUGUUCCUUUCGGAGUGGUUGUGUGACCAGGGCCUGUAUUCAUAAAGCAUUUCAGAGUAGGUGUGCUGAUCUAGGAUCAGGUCCCCCCUGUCCCUGUUAUCAUAUUCAUAAUGAUCUGAAAAGGUAAAACUAAUCCGAGAUCAGCACUCAUACUCUGAGAAGCUUUAUGAACACGGCAGUGUAGUAAUUUGACAGUGUAAGUCAAAGUACUGCUGCCACCUGCUGUAUGUUGGUUGAUAUGAAUAACACCUGGACUAUGUCAAUUUUCAUGUACUCCAUAUUGCAGGGUCUUAUACUUUCCUUCCAUUAGAUUGAGUCUACAAAACCCCCUGUGCCCCUGUUGCUUCUCGCAUCCCCACCAUGCCUCGUUCUUUCCUGGUGAGGAGGGGGGGCUCUCACCUUCUGCGCCCCAAAGCAGGUAGCCAAUGCUUGGGCACGACUCUGGUGCCAGUGGGUCCCCCAGAAACAGAUAAGAGGCAGUGGGGUACCCUUCUUCAGGGACAGCCGUCACCUAAGAGUGCAGUGUCUCUAGUGACACACAAUGAGGCCUACUCACCACAGCCCUCUCCACCUCCAGCCCUCCACCCUGCCUCACAUAGUCACCGUUACCUUCACCCCACUAGUCCCAUGUCUUCAGAUGGUAGAGCUGCACUGCACCACCACUCUACCUCCCCGUUCAACCCUGGCAGCCCUGCUGAGGAGGUGGGCUCUCCCCUCCUGGGGGAGACCCGAUACAGAGACUGUCCCCAGAUCAGUGACCACAGGACCACUGGGACUGAAUGUCCAUGGUGUGGAAAGUCUGAGUCCCAUGUCCACAAGUUCCAUGGUGGCAGACACAAGCAGUCAUCAUCAGCACACACCAAAACUGACAGUCAGCCAUAUGGCUAUAGGCCAGACCUGGGUUUGAGCUACAGGGUCAAGGAGCGUACGUAUGGCUGUAAGGUGUGUGGGAAAGUGUUCAAGCGCGCCUCCACCCUGUCCACUCACCUGCUAAUCCACUCUGACACACGGCCCUACCCCUGUCAAUACUGUGGCAAAGGAUUUCACCAGAAAUCUGAUAUGAAAAAACACACCUUCAUUCACACAGGUGAGAAGCCCCAUGUGUGCCAGGUGUGUGGCAAAGCCUUCAGCCAGAGCUCCAACCUCAUCACCCACAGCCGUCAGCACAGUAGUAACCAGCCCUACCACUGCCUCUAUGGCUUCCAGCGCAAACAGGACCUGAGACAAAACCAGGAGAACCACUGUACAUAGAGCUUUAGACUAAGACCCUGGCAAAGAGCUGAUCUGAGCUCAGUUUUCACAAUUGGGAGAACCACAAUGACGACAGCAACUCAGACACCCUCACAUGGUCAUAGCUGGCCCCAGUUAUUUUUUUCAUUAUAAGGGGCACCACUGCACAAGCUAAACAGAAGCUGGGGAUGGAUGGAAGGGAUGGAUGCUUCACUCAAAAUUCUAACAUUUACCUUAACUGUAGUCGAUUCCCGACUAUAUAUAUUUUGCCUACAUAUACAGUGGGGAAAAAAAGUUU